AUGUCUUACUACGAACCUCAAGGAUGGCAAGCACCUGCUGCGCGCCAGGUCUCCUGGGAGCAGCCCGCACCACCCUCCCGAUCAGGCUCGAGUUCGGUUUCCCAGCGCGAGGACAUCCCGGCCUUUUCUUCCCAGUUUGACGAGGUCGAUCGAGCGAUCGACAAUCUCGUCAAGAGCGGGAAGCUUUGGAAUGCUCCUCGGCGGGAUUCGAUGCCCAUGAUGAUGGGCCGGCCUUACCCCGACUACGACCCUCGUAUGGGUGGUGGCCCUCAGCGACACCAUUCGAUUAGCGAAUUCGAUGGCAACAGAGCGCCCCCGUCCGGCAAUGCACAGGGGUUCUAUGCCUCCCAACGGUACCAGGGUCGUCCCAACGAGGUGGAACAAAUGAUGCAGGCGAAGCGUCGGAUGGCAGCACAGCGUGAGAGGGAACUCCGCAACUACCACCAGGAGCAACAGUACAACCGAAGCCUCCUCGCCGAAAUGUCCGCUUCCAAAUCCGAUCGCUCCACCAGCCCAGCAGCCGUGAGCGAGGAUAGCCGCCGUGAUCUCCUCGCCCGCCAGCACCGCGCCCUGUACGGCAACGAAAGCCCUGCCUUCUUCCCCCCGGGUGCUCUGGAUGAAACCUCCCGCCCCGCCAGCCAAGCCGCCAGCACCCCAGGAGUCCGCGGCUCCUCCCCACGCGCCGUAGACCCCUUCGGUCUCGCAGGUUCCACAGAAGCCCAGACCCCGUCCCGCGCAAACAGCACUUCCUCCCCAAGCUCCGCUAUCAACGCCGGCUUCGAACAGCCCGUCACCUCCCCCUCGCCAGCUACCGACUCCUCCCGCCAACCCUCCGGCUCCGUCGGCCCAAUCGGUUCUCGCGUCCAACAAACACCCCCAAACCCCGCUCUCAACAAGCGUUCUAUCACACCUCUUCCUUCCCCAUUGGGCUUGGGCUUCACCCCCGCUGACCCCGCUCCCGAGCGUACCUCGUCUGCUGGGCCUGUUCCCGUCGUCCCGGCGCCUGGUCCUAAGGAUCCAGCUGGCGUUGGGCUUGGAUGGAGUAACGGCAGCGGCGUGUGGGGCUCGAAGAGCGGACUCGGCGUUCAGGCUUCUGUUUGGGGUUAA